CUCAAAUAAGUGUACACAAGUAGUCGGAGAUUAUUGGAGGAAGAGGAAGACUGUGAUCCGUAAAUAGUUAUGACUAGGAUCCUCAGCAGGUGUAGGAAGAAUGUAGAUCCAGCUACAGCCUGUAGAUGGCGCCAGAGGCUCAAAGUUUUGUAAAUGAAGUGUACAUUGCAAACAACCUGCGUUAGCUUCACUGUAAUGACGUUACGAUGUGUUUUUUUCUGCCGUUAUUAAGGACCGACAUCCAAGAAUCUUCCCGGUCCGUGAAGCACAUCCACCGAGGCCACAGUGUAGUCAACUCAGCGUCCACCUGAAGGAAGUUUUACCCUGCCUAAAAGACACCCUGCUGUUCCUGCCCACCCCCAACUCUGUCCCCCCCACCCCCUGUCCUGACUGGAUCCCUGCGCUGCCAGCUGUGAAUUGGAGCACUGAUCGAAGGCUUUGCAAGGUGGUUUUUCGGUCUGGCGCCGCCUCCCCCUGGGGCCGGCGUGCGUUCCCAGCAGCCCGUGGUGCCCUGUGCCCCCCCCUCCCCUUCACUACACAAUAGAGCCCAUGCCCAGGGAGGAGGUGCAGUGCGUCCGCCAGGAGCCAUGUGCCUCCCUCACACCAUCAACAUGGACAACAAGCUACAGGGGGCUGGACAGGGGGGAGGGUAUUCACUUCGAACACAAGAUGGAGGCGUUCCACUGGAGCCCUUUAUACACCAAGUCGGAGGUCACACUAGCAUGAUGCGUUACGAUGACCACACAGUGUGUAAACCUCUGAUCAUCAGAGAGCAGCGCUUCUACGAGUCUCUGCCUCCGGAGAUGAAGGAGUUCACACCAGAAUAUAAAGGGGUAGUGCUGGUUUGUUUUGAAGGAGAUUCUGAUGGCUAUAUCAACUUGGUUGCCUACCCUUAUGUGGAGAGUAACGCUGAGGGAGGAAUUACAGAGCACGAGGAUCGUGAUCCCCCCGAGAGGGAGCAGCCGAGGAGGAAACACUCCCGCCGCAGCCUCCAUCGGUCGUCCUCCUCUUCUGAACACAAGGAUGAACGACCUGACAGGAGGGAGUCACACGAGACUGACGCUAUCUCUGAUAAUCUAGUAGAGCUGAAGAGUCCCACACUCAACCCAAAGAUCCACUCGGAUGUUCCCUUCCAGAUGUUGGACUGGAACAGUGGUUUGACAUCAGAGAAGAUCAGCCAUAACCCCUGGAGCCUCCGCUGUCACAAACAGCAGCUUAGCCGCAUGAGAUCUGAAUCCAAGGAACGAAAACUCUUCAAGUUCCUGUUGUUGGAGAAUGUGGUCCACCACUUCUCAUACCCCUGCAUCCUGGACCUGAAGAUGGGAACCAGGCAGCACGGAGAUGACGCAUCCGAGGAGAAGGCGGCCAGGCAGAUGAAGAAAUGUGAACAGAGCACUUCAGCAACUCUGGGAGUCAGAGUGUGUGGCAUGCAGGUGUACCAACUCAACACCGGUCACUACCUCUGCAGGAGCAAGUAUUAUGGCCGUGGUUUGUCGAUUGAAGGCUUCCGCCAGGCCCUGUACCAGUAUAUGCACAAUGGAAAGGGCCUGAGGCAUGAUCUCUUGGAGCCAAUCCUAAAUAAGCUUCGCAGCCUGAAGGCAGUGAUAGAAAGGCAGGCGUCAUAUCGAUUUUACUCAUCUUCACUGCUCAUCAUCUAUGAUGGAAAGGAAAGUGAGGGCCCCUCAGUCCUCGGCUCUGGGCAGCACGAAGCCCGGCAACAGAAGACUCCUGUGGUUCUUGCAGAAUCUGGGCCUGGUCUCUUCACUCCCCCAGCCCCUGACACUCCCUGUGAAACGGACAUGAGCCAGAGCCCAAACCUGGGGUCUCUGUCCUCACGAGGUUCUGGACUGAUGGCUUCACCCUCCCCCACCCCUCACCCUUCCCCACAACCACUCCCAACCAUCACGUCAGACUGUCAGGUUCCCCCUAAACCCUCGCCUCGCCCCCAUCCAGACUCCUCCUCCUCUGCACCCAGUUUAACGCCCCUCCCUCCUCCCCCUGCCCCCCAGCCUAAGCGGCCCCCCGUCGUGGAUGUUCAUAUGAUCGACUUCGCCCACUCAACUUUCAAGGGUUUCCGUGGAGACACAGCAGUACACGAUGGGCCAGACCUGGGCUACAUGUUUGGACUGGAGAGCCUGAUCCACAUCCUAGAGAGCCUGCAGGAUGGCAACCUGCCGUAGCAACACGCACGCACACACACACACACACGCACACACACACACACACACACCCACACACUCUUGGAUAAACAUCCCACACACUACUUUUUGUAAGUUAGUUUAGGUCAUUUUGCUGAGAUGUCUCGGCUGUAAAUUUGGAACAGGGUUCUCCAGGACGUCACCAUGGAAACAUGGGCAUUCUACAGUCAAGUAGUUUCUAUAGCAACAAGCAGGAGGUGGGACAGUGGAGCUGAUAUGGAAAACCACUCCCUAACACUCACUGGUUGUACAUGUGUACUUGUGAGGACCCUCACUGUUUUUCUCACCCAACUUGGUUUCAACUCCACGUCCCCAGUUUGAGCACCUGAACCGAAACUGAACUCAAACUCCAACUGAAACUGAAACUUAUAUUCCCUCUCCACAUGAAAAUGCAUGUUACACCCCAUACUGACAGGAUUUAGAUAAAACUAUUGUUCGUCACAGACAUGGAGGUCACUUAGGACUAUUAAAUUAAAGAAUUAUUAGUCCUUUUCAUGAAGUUUUAUGAGUCUCGUUAUCAUGCAGCUGGUUGCUACAGCUGUUCUUAAAUUCAAACUUUGCCGAGGUUUUAUUAUAAUAAUUACUGCUUGUUUACACUCAGUAACUUAUAGGUGUAAUGGUCGUGAAGCCACAUGAACCAAUUGACCAAAGAGCUGGUAUAGAAAACAGUUAUAACUAUCCUGAAACUUUCAUUCAUUCGUUCGUCUACCGCUUUAUCCUCCUCAUGAAGGGUCGCAGUGUCCUUGAAAUUUCAUUCGCAAUUUUAAAUUAAAUUUUACAGAGCAGAAAUGAAAAGGGAAGCAGAUUAAUGUCGCAGUGAUUCCAUGUUAAAAAGCACUAAAGUUAUCUCACUUGGGAAUAAAUGGGUCGCCAAAUUAAACGUUGAAAGAAAAGAGUGCCUUCAUUUCUGUGGUCUGAAGCUCAAACUGGUCCUCAUGAACAUAGACAAACAACAGCAUAGACACACACACACACACACACACACACACCCUGGGAUCAUUUGUCUGAAGAGCUGCUCCAUGCAAGAAAGAGCAUCCUCCAAGAACAACCAAUCAUCUGAAUUCCAGGAACCUUCCACUGAAGUUGGCCCACACUCCCUUUACUCAACUCCACACCUCUUUCCCCCCCACAGACACCAAACCUGGACAGAUGGACAAACUCUUUCCUUGAAAACACACACAGAAACACAUUCAAUCAUCUGUUAAAGCAAUAGAUGGCAAUGAUAGAUGGCAUCUUUUCUACACCGGCAGUGCAAAGGGCAGCCUUGCCCUCAGAGAGAGUGCGUAAAUUUGCAUCAUAGAUGUAAAGCUUUAAAGAGAGAAUAUAGAUCAUUUUUAAAAAGCUAUUUGUCCAUUUAGGGGGGAGUUUAACUCAAAAAUGUUAGUAGUCGGUGUCCUGUGAAAAAAUCAUCCUCUGGGUUAGUGUGUCAGUGUCAGUUCCCCAAAUGUGGUCUCGUGAUAUUCUAUAUUUUUCAAAUUGUCAACAAAUCCCAUGAAAAAAGUAAUGACAACAAUAAAUUAUUUGUACUAAUUAGGUGUUGUCUCAGUGUAGAAGCCGAAUAAUAUCUUAUUCCUUUGUGUCAUAAAGCCUCAUUGAGUCUGUCAGAUACACUGAUGCAGUGCAGGCGUGUUCCUUCAUCACCAUGAGCAAACGUGAAGUCCUGCUUUUAACUAAAGUUUAGAGAAAAAUAUAUUUAUUUUUUAGCUGAUGAUGGAUGAAUUAUUUUAAAGGUGCAGUUGUUCAGUUCAGGUUGUGGAUGUUCAAACUCCCCUCGUCUUUAAAAUGCUUCAAGAUGAACUACCCGAGAUCAGCUACUGGAUAUGACUUGAGAAAAUAUUGACGGUUGUUUUCCAAUGUCAUGAAUUAACUCCCAAUCUCAACCUUGUGAUAUGAUCAAGAACAUUUUAGACACGUGGGAUUUGAUGACACUAACAAAAAUAUAGAUUACUUGCAGCCUUAUUCUUUAUAGAAGGGCUGGGUGACAAGGUUAAAGAUAUUUACUGUAUGUCAUAUAUAAAUCGUGAACAGUAACACAUAAAAUAAUUCUUUAAUGACUGUCAUUCAGCCCUGUGCCUCAAAUGUGUCAAGACACUGAAACUUGUGUCUCAUACUGCGGAUGUCACCGUUUUAUCUCCUCUCAUCAGUCUGAUUAGAUUGUGUCAACCAAUCACACGCAACCUCCAGAGGCUGGGCCGUGACACUGCACCGCCCCCUGCUGGAUGAGAACAGGAACCCAACCCCAGGACCUGGACUAAAAAGAGAGCAAAUAUGAAUAUUUUAUUUUUGGUUUAUCAAGGUGAUAAUUUAUUUUUUUAUUGUACCUUUACCCCCUAUAUAUGUUGGGGUAAAUGUCUUUUGUCUUUUACAUGUCUCUUCCCCUAAAUGUAUAAGAUAUAAAGAAAUUUAAGUGCUUCAAAAGACACUGUGUGUGUGUGAAACGAAAAAGUAUAAGCAGUAUUAUUCGAGCUGACUCAAGUCUGAUUCUGAUUUGCUGCCGACUCCGUCUCACUCUGAUACUGACUUGGUAUCGACAGACAAAGCCAGAAUGAUCAGGCUUGAGUCUGCUCACUGAGCCUCAACACCUCUGUGGAGUUGUUGCUCUGGCAGGAAUUAUUUCGUCAAUGCACGUGUGUGUGUGUGUGUGUGUGUGUUAGAGCAGGUGUAGAUGCCAUCUUUAGUCUUUGGUUUGUUUCACUUCACCGUUAAGAACUGCAUGCACGUCUACAUCCUCCUGUUUGAGUCGGGUUUCCAACAUCGCGUCUUGUUACAGUCCUCACAUCAGUCUGAUGCAACAACAGUCCACACGUCAUUUCAGACCUUGAUAUUUAUUCAUGGAAAUUAGCCUCAAUGAUUGAUCAGAGUUCAUUAGCAGCAUUUUCUGCAUCUGACAUCGUCCUGUUUGUUAGAACAGUGGAAGUACGUGAGAUUAAAUCUUUCCAGAAGCUUU